AUCUCUGAUCUCCAUAUCUCACCAUCUACUCUUAUUUUUUACAUGUGUUCCGCAAAACUUUGCGCUUUCAUUCAAUGCUAGUCCUCUCUUUCUUUGAUUAUUAUUAAAAAAAAAUUAAAAUUUUUUUCUUUGGUAGACCUUUGACUUAACCUCUUAAUAGUCAGACCCAGAUUCACCCAUCCACUCUCCCUCAACCCAAUGUUUUAUUAAAGCAUUCUCUCUCCCCUGUCUCUCUUUCUCUCUCUCUCAAUCUUCUCUUUUAAUUUUUUCUGCGUAUGAUUAUUUACUUGUCUGUGUCUUUCCAUUCAAGAUCUUACCAAGCCCACCAAUCAAACUCAACUCUUUCUCAUAUUUUUUGUAAAUCUCUCAUGGGCUCUAUGCACAAACAACAACAAAUCUACAACCAUGAAUCCCAAUCUCUCCAUCCAAUCAAAAACGAACAAAACUUAGCCUAUCAACCUUCCUUUCCUACUUCAGAUCCUGGAUUUCCCAUAUUAGCCAUUGCAGUACUUUGUACAAUUGUCACAGUUUUCUUACUAGUUAGCUACUACGUCUUUGUCACCAAAUGCUGCUUAAACUGGCAACAAUUCGACCCCCUCCGCCGCUUUUCCAUGCCCCGACCGCCACAAAACGAAGACCCGUUAACGGCCUACUCUCCCUCAUGGCAGAGCCAUGGCCUCGAUGACUUGUUGAUCCGCGAAAUCCCUACUUUCCAAUACAGCAGAGGCGAAAAUGGAGGAGAAAAAAGCUUGUGCAAGUGUGUGGUUUGCUUGAAUGAGUUUCAAGAACUAGACAUGGUCAGAGUUCUUCCCAAUUGUGGUCAUGCCUUUCACUUGGACUGCAUUGAUAUAUGGCUCCAAAGCAAUGCCAACUGCCCUCUCUGCAGAUCGAGCAUUUCUGGCACAACACGAUAUCCGAUUGACCAGCUUGUUGCACCAACAUCUUCACCUCAAGAUCCAAGGCCAUUUGUAGAUACUUUCAAUGGUGGUGAUGAAGCCUUUGUGGUAAUUGAAUUGGCCGGAGCUGAUAGAACAGUAAUGCAACCACGUAGACAAUUAGUUCCAGAAAGAAAUGACCCGAGGGAACAGUUAAUGCUAUCAAGGGUUCGCUUUCCGGGAAAAUUUGAGCAGAAGCUCGGGAAGCAGGCGAAAGAAGGAAAGUUUCAUCUUGUGUCGAGUAUGGGUGAUGAGUGCAUUGAUGUGAGGCAAAAAGACGAUCGGUUCUGUAUUGAACAACCCAUCAGGAGAUCUUUCUCGAUGGAUUCAGCAGCUGAUCGGCAUGUUUGCUUGGCUGUUCAAGAGAUCAGACGACAGAACGAGAACGAACAUCUUAGACACAGUGAGGCGUCUAGUAGUAGCAGAGUCCGCAGAUCGUUCUUUUCAUUUGGACAUGGAAGGGGAUCUAGAAGUGCAAUUCUUCCUAUUGAGUUCUAGUUGUAAAUUAAUCAUAGGGUUCAUGCUUAAUUAAUUACCACAUUUCUUUCUGAAUUAUCUUUUGAUUUUUGUUUGUGAUUGAGAUAGUGAAACUCUUACAAGGGAAUUUCUAAAUUUGUCAUGAAAAAAAGAGUAUGCUAGGUGAGUGUAAAGAGAAUUUGUCAUGAUAUUUAGAUAGUAGUUAAGAGGAGUUGGUCUCUUGCUGAAAUGUAGGCAUGGGUGUCACAAUAAUUGCUUCAACCAUUAUGAGUAGAUACAACUCUUGAUUUCCUUCC